ACUGGGUCUAUCCGAUUCUCGGUGGAGUUGCUUGCGGUGCUUUCAAUCCAACUAAAUGAAGUUAAAAUCUGGGCACCUGGAAGCCAUUUUAUAAUUUCAUGUACUAUACUAAACGGCGGAUUGUGGGAUUCUUGGAUACAGUGUGUGCGUCUGAAGGUGGACAAAGUGUGGAGGGUAUAGUGUGUGUCGGUCAACAGUGUUCCUUGCGAAGAUCCCUGGGUCGAUUGCGAUUGUGGCGUUCGGUUGCAGAAGCGAAAUAAAAAAAAAGUAGGUGCAGAGAGGAGAGAAGAGAAACUACGCAAGAAGACGUCGUCCAGAGCUAUGUGUGUGUACAGUUUGUGUUGACAUAAGAGGAAUUCGAGAAGUCCGAGAGAGCAGCCUCCUUCCUUCCUUCUGAGUCAAGUGCUUGGAGGCCACUAGGGACUAUUCUUGAGCACUGGAAGGAUUAAAAAUAAUAAAGAUGGGCAAUAAUGCCGCUACUGCGAACAAGAAGGUCGACUCGGCAGAGAGCGUCAAGGAAUUCCUCGACCAGGCCAAGGAGGAGUUUGAGGAAAAGUGGAAGAAAAAUCCAACCAACACAGCCGGUCUGGAAGACUUUGACAGAAUAAAAACACUGGGUACUGGAUCAUUCGGCAGGGUGAUGAUAGUCCAGCACAAACCCACCAAGGAGUACUAUGCCAUGAAGAUCCUGGACAAGCAGAAGGUGGUCAAGCUGAAACAGGUGGAGCACACCCUGAACGAGAAACGCAUCCUGCAAGCCAUAAGUUUUCCAUUCUUAGUGAGCCUGAAGUUCCACUUUAAAGACAAUUCCAAUCUAUAUAUGGUGCUUGAGUAUGUCCCCGGUGGUGAGAUGUUCUCACACCUCAGGAAGGUUGGUCGGUUCUCUGAGCCACACUCGCGUUUCUAUGCAGCUCAAAUUGUGCUUGCUUUCGAAUACUUACAUUACCUAGAUCUGAUCUACCGUGAUCUGAAACCAGAAAACUUACUCAUAGACUCUCAGGGCUACCUAAAAGUCACUGACUUUGGCUUCGCCAAACGCGUUAAGGGGCGCACUUGGACUCUGUGUGGCACCCCCGAGUACCUGGCACCAGAGAUUAUCCUCAGCAAGGGCUACAAUAAAGCCGUAGACUGGUGGGCACUCGGUGUGUUAGUUUAUGAAAUGGCUGCUGGCUAUCCACCAUUCUUUGCUGAUCAGCCCAUACAAAUCUAUGAGAAAAUCGUAUCGGGCAAAGUGCGCUUCCCAUCCCAUUUCGGAUCGGACUUAAAGGAUCUCCUGCGUAAUCUCCUCCAGGUCGACCUCACCAAACGCUACGGCAACUUGAAGGCCGGCGUCAACGACAUCAAGGGACACAAGUGGUUCGCGUCCACCGAUUGGAUUGCAAUCUUCCAGAAGAAGAUCGAGGCGCCCUUCAUACCGCGCUGCAAGGGCCCCGGUGAUACCAGCAACUUCGACGACUACGAGGAGGAGCUCCUUCGCAUAUCAUCAACGGAGAAAUGUGCCAAGGAGUUUGCCGAGUUUUGAAUCAUUCUUUUAUGUAUUUUGUAUUUGCCAUUUCCUUACCGGAUUAUUACAAGUCAGCGGUGGAUCGUUGGGGGGAUCCACGUUUAUUUUAUUUAUUUGUCUUUAUAAAAAAAAA